AUGUCGACCAACGGUCAAUACUCGCAUUCAAUCGUCGUCAAAUACGUUCUACUCACCAUCUACUAUGCCGUACUCGAUAAUCUAAAUACACAUCUAAUUAAACUGGUUUCUGUUGAGAACCAAUUGUUAAUUAGAAGAAUGGUUAUGGAGAAAUUGUUGUAUUCUGAGAUUGGAGCAUUCGACUUUUUGAGAAAGAAGAAUAACAUUGGACCGUUGGAGUUGGAAUUUAAGAUAUCUUCAUCAAUCAAUACAACCAUUUCAUUCUUUACAUAUACAAUACCUGAUUUCUUUGCUACACUCUAUGCAUUUGUUGUUGAAGGAUCGGAUCUGUUUAGAAGUAGGAGAAAGAUUGAUCCUUUGAUUAUAUUACAUCCGAUACUUAUUGCGAUCUAUCAGAAAGUGAGUCAGAGACUGCGAGUUCAUUUGGUAGAGGCGAAUGAAAUCAAGUUUAGAGAUACCUAUCAGGUUGCUAUGAGUAAGAUGGUCACCAAUACACUGGAGGGUCUAUCGGAUAUACAGGUGAACAAUCUACAAGAGACUCAGCUGUCGUUGUUCGAUAACCUCAUCGAGAAGGAACUAGAGAAUACUCAAUCAUUCUCAACACUUGUAUCAAGAGUAUGGCGAUCGAUACACAACCGUUCGGUAUUUGAAUUCGCAGCGGAAGUAUGGGUGGCUCACAAAGUAAUGUUGCGUCAGGGUAUAAACAAUGAAGAGUAUAGAACUAUGUUAUUAGAGAUAAAUCGUGUAAUUCGUUUGGGUAAGAGAAUUUGGAACUCAUUUGCAAGUUUCAAAAAUAUAUAUAAACAUCAAAAGAAAGUUAAAGAGUUAUUGAAUAUUCCAACUUUUAUCGAAGAAGAUGGAAAUCUUAAAAGUGUAUAUAAAUUUGAAGAAUUAAAAUUAAGAAAUGUAAAAUAUGCCUAUGAAAAUAAGUUUUCUUUAUUACCUCCACUACCAGUUUUAGAUUUACAAGGAGAAAUGACUAUAUUACCCGGUAAAAGAUAUGCAUUGGUUGGUCAAAAUAGAGCUGGAAAAUCAACACUCAAUCAUAUUCUUUGUAAAAUAUAUACACCAGACGAUGGUGAAAUUCUUUUGAAUGGUAUUCCCUAUAACGAAAUAUCAAGAUCAUCCAUACGUAGAUUAAUUUCUUAUGUAUCCCAAAGACCUUUUAUUUUCCACGGAACCGUCAGAGAUAAUAUUAGAGUUGGUAAUCCAACUGCAACCGAAGAACAAACAGCAUCAGCAGCAGGAGUAUUUGCUUUUGCAGAGGAUGCAAAUUCACAACUACCGGAUUCACCUUACUAUGGAAACGAUGAUGAGAUGAAACCAUUUGGUGAUCCAAUUUCACCGGCUAUAAAGAGUACUCUAACCAAGAGUGGAUGCAUCGAUAACAAUACUUGUGAGGCAAUACUCAAUCAGAGUCAACAACAGGUCACUCUCAGACGUACUGUUAAUUUCCAGAAUACACCAGAGUCGUUGGUUCAGGGCAGAGAUGUCAAGAGCAAUAUCGAUGCCUGUUUGAAAGGCGAAGAUUUGGAGUCGUCCAAGUUGGUACAGCGUGUCUGGUCGGUAUUGAAUCUCGCUUCGAUGGACGAUGACGAGGAGUCCGACGACGAAUCCAAUGUCAACCCGGCACCGAUCGUUCCACAAUCGAUGGACAUCACCAACAAUCCCGUAUUGGAUCAGACGGUCGAGCUGGGUGGAAAGAACAUAAGUGGUGGUUUCGCACAGUCGAUUGCACUCGCAAGAAUCUUUGUGAGAACAGAAGCCAAGAUUGUCAUCCUAGAUGAAUCAAUGAGUCAGAUGGAUGCAUUCAAGAAGCGAGAAAUCAUUUUCCCCAAACUCUUUCAGUUUGCCACAGCCAACAAUAUUACACUCAUCAUUGUAUCGCACGACUUGAUCUCAAUGCAAAAUAUGGUCGAUCACAUCUUUGUUUUGGAUCAUGGUAAAAUCGUGCACCAAGGUUCACACAAAGAGUUGGUUAAAGAGAAGGCACCAGUUUAUAUGAAACUACUUGGUAGCCCAUUAUAA